GGUCAUUCCUUUCCCAACCGGCAAGUUCGGUUUCAAAAUAUUACAGUGCCUGCUCUCGCAAGGCUAGAAAUAGCUGGGAUUGAAUCCAUUGACUUUUCAAGAUAGCUCGCUAAAUUCAAUAAUACCUUACCAUUUCAGUCACUCCUUACAGAUUUUUAAUCAACAACAGUACAAGUGGUCGGUAGAUCCUUCUGCGGCACUUGUAUCCACCAAAUAGGCAGUUGGUCAAAAAAAGAUAAAAGGUUUCCUUUUUAAAUAAGUACGAAGGCUCAGACUCAUUUUAACGGUCCUUCCAGCCGCAAGCUCAAAUAUAAUGACAUGCAUUCUAAUUUGUUUCAAAUAACCUCCAAGAUUUCUGCUUUGGCAAGAUCAGGUUGUAUUACACACGCUCGCAAACUGUUCGAUGAAAUGCCGAAUAGAGACACCGUUGCUUGGAAUGCCAUGCUUAGUAGCUAUUCUCAACUGGGUCUUCAUCAAGAAUCUCUCUCUCUCUAUUAUCAAAUGAGAACCAGCAACACCAAACCUGAUCACUUCACUUUCUCUGCAACUUUAAGCGCAUGUGCAGGUGCUGCCUCCCUUCUAAAUGGAACCAGAAUUCACGCUUUAGUCAUUGUUUUUGGAUACCAAUCUUCAUUGCCAGUCAAUAAUGCCCUUAUAGAUAUGUAUGGGAAAUGUUUGAAUGCUUUUAGCGCUGGUGAAGUGUUUAAAGAAAUGGAUGAUACUAAUGAAGUAGCUUGGUGUUCGCUUUUGUUUGCAUAUACAAAUUCUGGUCAAUUUGAUGAAGCAAAAAAGGUAUUCAAUUUGAUGCCUAGAAAGGUUGAUAUUGCUUGGAAUACAAUGAUUGCUGGCCUUAGCCGAUAUGGUCAAAUUGAAAUGUGUCAGGAUUUGUUUAGAGAGAUGCAACAGAGUUUGUGUAAACCUGAUCAAUUAACUUACAGUGCCCUUAUGAGUGCUUGCAUUGAAUCAUCAGAGUUGUUAUGCGGGCAUAUGUUACAUGGAGUUAUCAUUAAGAGUGGUUGGGGCUCUGCAGUGGAGGCAAAUAAUUCAAUUUUUAGCUUUUAUGCUAAAAUUGGUUCAUUGAAUGAUGCUAUUAAGGUGUUUGAAUCAACUGAAAUGCUAACACAGGUGUCUUGGAAUGCUAUAAUUGAUGCUUACAUGAAAGUAGGAAAUAUCAAUGAAGCAUUUCUCAUGUUUCAGCAUUUGCCAGAAAAGAAUGUUGUUUCAUGGACAUCUAUGGUUACAGGGUAUGCAAGAAAUGGACAUGAAGAAGAAGCUCUUAGCUGUUUUGUUAGCAUGGUAAGAAAUUCCUUACUUCCAGAUGAUUUUACGAUUGGGGCUAUCCUUCAUGCUUGUUCAAGUUUGGCAGUUCUAGCCCAUGGAAGAAUGGUCCAUGGGUAUGCAAUUCGGCGUGGUUUCAAUUCUUAUCUGUAUGUUGGCAAUGGCUUAAUUAACAUGUAUGCUAAGUGUGGAGAUUUAGAUGGGUCAAUUCGAGCAUUUGAUGAUAUUUAUGUAAAAGAUCUGGUUUCUUUUAAUGCUAUGUUGUUUGCAUUUGGGUUGCAUGGAAAAGCUUGUCGAGCUUUACAGUUAUUUGAUGAUAUGGUGGUAUCUGGGAUAAAACCAGAUAAAAUGACUUUCAUCGGCUUGUUAACCACCUGCAGUCACUCAGGCCUGAUAGAAGAAGGUCGUGCAAUCUUCGAUUCAAUAAGGUUAGUUCAUGGCCUUUCUUACGACGCAGAUCAUGUGGCAUGCAUGUUGGAUAUGCUUGGUCGGGGUGGCUACUUAGCAGAAGCGAAAGAGUUAGCUAGUAAGUACGCAAAAACAGGCGAUGUUAAGACCAGUUGGUAUGAGGCUUUGCUUGGAGCAUGUUCUGCACAUGGAGAAUUAGAAAUGGGGACUUAUUAUGGAGAGGCUUUGAAGGUUUUAGAGCCUCAUAAAGAGAUGAGUUAUGUGUUGCAAUCAAAUUUGUACUCUGUCAGCGGGCAAUGGAAGCAAGCAGCAAUGUUUAGAAAGGCAAUGGCGAAUGAAGGAUUGAGGAAAAUGCCUGGUUGUAGUUGGAUUGAAGUGAGAAAUGAAGUGACAUCUUUUGUAGCAGGAAACCGUUCACACCCAUACAUGGAAAAUUUGUGUAAAAUAUUAUAUUUCCUAGAGUUUGAAAUGAGAAAUCCAUCCUUAACUUGUACUGUGACUUGAGUGAAUUCCAAUUUUGACCUUUAUAGUUAUGGACGUGAAGACAAAGUCAAGUGACUUUUUUUA